AUGGCACCCAGGGUAGCGAGGGCGUAUGCUGAGCUGACGACCCAUAUGGAUAACAUGACAAAUAAACGUGAAAAUGGUCAAGAGAUAAACUCAAUCAACGCGAGGUCGACAAUUAAUACCACUCCAGCGCCACCAAAUAACAUUGGGGCUAUUAUGAAGGAUAACUCUAAAUAUUCUGCUGCUAAAGAUGCACUGAAGAGCAUUUCUAUGUUGUCAUUGUGGUACGCCGGCACCGUGAUGUACAACGUAGAGAACAAAAAGGCACUUAACAUGUGCCCGCUACCAAAAUCAAUCGCUGCUCUGCAAAUGCUUAUAGGAAUACCCUACUUUGUCACCAGGUGGAUGGUUGGAAUAAGACCAGUCCCAAAGAUUCAUAUUUCCAACCACGGAAUUGAACCUGUUAAUCCUCACGCCACUGUUAUACAAGGGAUCAAACAAAGAGUGAGGAACGGACUCAUGAAAGUCACUAAUGCUGUACAAGCAUAUUCAUCCGUACUCAAACAGAGUGCCGUAUUCUCCAUGCUACACCUACUAUCGGUGACUGCCCUCGGAGCGGGUGCUAUAAGCUUUGUACAUAUAGUCAAGGCCACGGAACCCCUGUUCGUUUCGGCCAUAUCGCUGCUGACGGGAACGGGAUCGAUGUCGCCUGUCACGUUCCUCACAUUGUUGCCAAUUUUAGGGGGAGUUGCAAUGGCGUCAAUGAAGGAGGUCAAUUUCUCAACGAUGGCGUUUGUAACAUCACUCAUGUCAAAUGUGUUCGCCUCCGUGAGACGUAUAGAAGCGAAGAAGUUCUUCAAACAGGACCUCACAAAGAUCGGACAAAAUCUAGAUGCAGCAAAUGUAUCCUCACUAGUGACCAUAUUCAGCUCACUCUUCCUCGCUCCUCUCGCUUUGUUGGAGGCACCAAAAUGGGCAACUGUAUACCAAAGUCUACUGUAUAAGUUCAGUAACAAGGGUCUACUGAAGUUAGCGAGACAUAUCGCCCUAUCAGGAUUCUUCUACAUCCUAUACAAUGAAGUGUCGUUUAUUGCGCUAUCGCAGCUAACCCCGGUAAGCCAUGCUGUUGCAAACACACUUAAGCGUAUUUUCCUCAUUGUCGCAAGUUCCGUUCUGUUCAACACCAAAAUAACAAGCAUGGGUAUGUACGGAUCUGCAACUGCGAUUUCUGGAGCAUUGCUAUACUCACUAAGCAAGCAAUAUUGGGGAUGA